AUGUCCCCCACCUAUUACAGCCACACACCCUACCCCCAUUACAGCCACACACACCCCUAUUACAGCCACACACCCUCCCCCUAUCACAGCCACAUCCCCCCCAUUACAGCCACACACACCCUCCCCCCAUUACAGCCCCACACACCCUCCCCCCAUUACAGCCACACACACACCUUCCCCAUUACAUUUACACACACCCUCCCCAUUACAGCCACACACCUCUCCCCAUUACAGCCACACACCCCUCUCCCAUUACAGCACACACCCCCUCUCUCCCCAUUACAGCCACACACCCCUCUCCCCAUAUUACAGCCACACACCCUCUCCCCAUUGCAGCCACACACACCCCUUCCCAUUACAGCCACACACACCCUCCCCAUAUUACAGCCACACACACCCUCCCCCAUAUUACAGCCACACACCCUCCCAACCCCCCAUUACAGCCAGACAUCCUCCCUCCUCCCCCCCACCCCAUUACAAAUUCCGUAGCGCUUUACAAUAUUAUAAGAGGGGUGGAUUUAACUAUAAAUAGGACAAUUACAAAAAAACUAAUGAUGAAACCUAAUAGCUAAUAUAGAAACGAGUGGUUUUACUGUGUGUGUGUGUGUGUGUGUAUAUGUAUAUAUAUAUAUAGAGAUAGUUAGUUAGUAGCGGAGCUCCUGUACUUUUCCCUACACAUUAUUUAAGACUGAACACACACCGCUAUUUAUACCCAUAAACAUGGGUUCUGACACAGAGGUCCAUAGUUACAGGCUGGAAAGAGAUGUCCAUAAAAGUCAGCCUUUCUCACAUCUAUUUUUUGCUGUUGAUCCAAAAGAAGUGCGGUUAUUUUACAUACCAUACCAUUGGAUUCUCUAUUCUCUUCUUUUUUGUAUAUGGUGACCAUCAUCCAUUUGGGAAUAAGGUCCUGCUGACUUGUAUAAUGAAAUCCUUAGACGGGCGUUAUUCUGUAUAAAAGACUAAGUGUGAAUGUUUCUUUGGCACUAUUAUUUUGUUCCUUUUUUUUUUCUUUGAGAUACAUAUUUUGAAACAUUUUACCCCUAACAUCCCCGUUUUCCUUUCUGUGCCCCUGAAAAAUGAUAAUAAAAAUUGUCAAAUUGAACAAAAAAAAAAAAAAUACAUAUUUUGGAAUUUGUCCUCUUCCUCUACGUAUGGAAUUUGAAGUUCCAGCGCUGUUCAACUUUUUAUUUUAUUUUUUUUUGUAUUGAUUUGUACCCACAAGGGUGGGGGAACUCCUUGUUGGUGAAUUGUACCUACUGCACCUUAUAGAGCACGCUUAUUCUGUUUAUAGUUUAGCAUUCUCCACCAUUUCUAACCUGUGCUCUCCUUACCAUCAGACUCCCGCUGGACCCAGUACUUGGAUCGCAUACAGAGAGCGCUGACCUAUCACAGCCCAUGUGACAGUCACAAUGAGACCUGCUACUACAGGUGUGACUACUUUCUUUGCUAUGGAUCAGUUUCUGAGACCUCCGUGUGCAGAUCUCAUCUGUGUUUCAUGUUCCCCGGGCGUUAGUAAUACACUAUCAAUCGUACAUUUUCCUGUCCAGACUGGGCCUUAUUUCCAGGUUACGAUUCCAUCUUUUUGGAUAACUGGGCAUAUCAUCCCCCAUCUGCAUUAGACUUGAUGUGGUCUCUGAGUAGGAUGCCAGAGGAGUUCUGUCCCUUGUGUACAUACAUCCAAAUAUAUCAAAGUCCCUAAAACUAGUUGUUGUGUUCUGUGGGACGGGUACACUGUGUAGGAGGUAUCUAAAUGACCAAAUUCUUUGCUCACAGAGUGCUCCAGCAGGACCUGGCACCGUUUAGCUCUGGAAUUUCUAGGGACUUGAUGACCAAUAUUUUGAGCCGUAAGCUUGGAACCCACUACCAAAUCAUUAGCCACCGCCUGUACCGAGAGGAAGAGUGCAUGUUCCCCGCUCGGUAAGUGAAUGUGGCAUAGUGCCUUCCUUGAUUGAUCUUUUUUGAGUCCUGCUUUUAGUUCCAUUGUCUCAUGUUGUCCACAUGUAAGUUAUCCACUGAUAAUCCUGUCUUAUGUCCUCAAUCACUUGGUUAUUCACCUCAUGUUCUACACAUUCUCUUUGUCUCCUAGUAAUUCUGUCUCCUUGUGUCUGCUUUUUAUCCUCAGCAAAUGGGGAUUUUAUUCACUAAAGACCAAAUUGCAGUAAAUUGAAAACCAAAUUGCAACAAAAUACUGAAAUUUUCCAAAUCAAUUUUGCCUUAAUUAUGAAAUUCAGUUUUGAAUUCACUAUAAUUAAGUGUUUAGUGAAUAAUCACCAUGGUAUUCAGAUAUCUUUCAUCCCUGGUAAUUCUGUACGAUGGUGUCUACGUGUCUUUCAUUGUAUUUGGUGUCUGUGUGUCGUUCUCUAGCUGUGUGCGGUGGUGUCCUUCUCUAGCUCUGUGCGGUGGAGUCUGUGUGUCCUUCUCUAGCUCAGUGUGGUGGUGUCUUUCUCUAGUUCUGUGCGGUGGUGUCUCUGCGUCCCUCUCUAGCUCUCUGUGUGUUAGUGUCUAGCUCUCUGUGUUAGUGGAUGUGGUGAAACCAACCUCGCCACUAUGUUCUGGAGAAGCCUGUGUUACAAAACGCUUUUUGUCCCUAUUUUCUCUUAUGAGAAAUUGCCCUGCUUCCCUGGGCUAUGGAGAAGCCUGAUUGCCAGCCUCCUGCCUCAUGACUAUGGCCCCAUCUCAUCAGCCCAUGCUAAACUUAAACCCAAUGGCGAUUUGACUGUGUUUGUGGAAUCUGAGCGCUGUUUGAAUAUAUUGAGCGCUCAGAUCCAAGCCAUCUGGGGAUAGGUUGAAUGUGGGGGUUCUGUUCAGUAUGAUAGGAGUUACGUAUUUUUGUGUAUUUUUGCUGCUGUUGUGAAUAGAGAUGUUUUCUGUAUGCUGGAGAUAAUUGACUUACCACACCCAAGCCAUGCUUGCAGUCGGUCAAAUAGGACGUCCAUCUAUCUUUUGAACCACUGGACCAAUUUGUAUGAUUUUGACGUAUGUUUGUAUUUGGAGUAUGCUGAUUCAGAAAAUGUAAAUGUGAUGUAUACUUUUAAAGUUAUGAAUAUUGUGUAAAACUGUGUAUUUUCCUGCCUGUGAUAAUUAUGUUAGCCCAUUGUGUUUAGUAAUUAUAUCACAGGUAGAGGGGAAGAUUUUGUGUGUAAUUGCUGGGAGUGUAUGAGUGUAUUGUACGUAUUGAUUGGUUGUUCUGCAAAACCCUGUGGGUGGUACUAAUGUGUAAGAAUGUGUAUAUAAGGCCAAUAAAGACCCAGCUCACUGCUUGACCCUCAACACAGAGCCUUGUGUCGUUCUUAGGAGGGUUUUAUUGUAUGCUGUUCCAGUUCGACUGCUAGGAGUGUAAACCUUUCGUAUGGUUUUUCCUAUUCGGCUGUUUACAGCAUUCGUAUGGUUCUGCUGUUUACGGUGUUCAGGUGAUUGGUGUCUCUUAUGCCUGGGGGUGCCGUUACAGUGCCUAGCUCUGUGCGUUGGUGCCUAGCUCUGUGCGGUGGUGUCUCUGCAUCCCUCUCUAGCUCUCUGUUAGUGUCUAGCUCUGUGUGUUAGUGUCUAGCUCUGUGUGGUGGUGUCCAUAUACCCCAGUUGUAUUGUCGGUUGAUGUCUUUAACUUGUUAAUGUUGCCUAUUUGUUCUGACUCUGUGUCUCUGGUUUCUUGGUUCUUUCAUAGGUGCAGCGGAGUGGAGCACUUUCUGCUGCAGCUUCUGCCACACCUUCCGGACAUGGAGUUAGUGAUUAAUGUGAGAGAUUAUCCACAGGUCCCCCGGUGGAUGACACCCGCCAUUCCCAUCUUUUCCUUUAGUAAGGUGAGCUGAACCAUGGAAAUAUAUGGCAGUGUUAGAAGGGCUGAGGUCUCAUGGUGACGCCGUAAUUAGAAUGGAAAGGUGUGUAGUAGAUUAUUUCCGAGUUUCUUUGAUUUAGUCUGGUUUCAUCGAACACAAGAUUACUUGUGCACAGGAUCUCUGCUAUUGCUUCCAUAAAACAAAGGGCUCAUCUCUACUAUUUAUCAGCUGUAGCGAACCACCUAGUAACCCAACCGGUUACCUCCGCUAAUUCCCUUCCUUCAGCCAAUCAGGAACCAUUUUAAAAUACAAAGAGACCAAUUUCCCCCUCAAUAACUGGACGAGUCACAGUUCUGGAGGUGACAAUCUUUAUUGAAAACAGGCUUCUUUUAUGCACAGACCCCCAAAGGGGGUCUCCAUUAAUUCAGUACAAAUUCCUCAGUCCCAGGCUGGUGGGGGGUGGCUUACAGCAGAUAACCAUCUCCCGUUCUGGGAGAUACCAACUGGACAAUAGUUACACACAUUAAAACAUAGUACAUACUUAGGGGCUCUGCGCCCCGGGAAGGGAUCAUAGAUAUCAGACACAUCACUGUAUAGCCCAGGGUCCCCUCUGUGAUCCCUGCAAAUAGCGGAGCUAUCGGAUGUACAGAGCCUGAGAAAUCGUCGUCUAAAGUCUGGGGCUCAAGGCUCUGUACAUCCCCAAAAUUAGUUCCAGUGAUUAGGCCAGUGAAUUCAAACUUCGCGCCUAAACCAAGCAACAACCAAUCAGCUGAAAGGUCACGAACCAAAUCGCGCCAAUCAGCACUCUGGGAGGAGAGGAGUUUCACCGCCCAAUCUGAAGAAAGGGUGCGACACCCCGUUUGGAAAACGCUCCUUCUCUGAUUGGUCGCCUGCACCUCGCAGCGACCAAUCAGCGCUCCCUCAGGUCAACCAAUCAGGAGAAUGGCACAAACCCAGUUUGAAGGGGAGCGCUUUCUCCCAUUGGUCGGCACAGACUUCCAGACGCCCAGCGAGGACUCGGCGGCUUACGCCUUUCCCCGGCGGCCGCCUCCACUGAGGCAGACCCUGGGGGGGCGCUCCUUGGGAAGCUACGAGCCUGGCCUUGCAGCCCCCAGGUAGGGGAACAGUGAUUAUAACUCCUUUAGGAGUAGGUUAUGGUGAUUAGGACCACCAGUACCCCAGAAGAGAUCCCCACCAACAUCAGGGACCCAUCCCUGGAGUCCCGGUGUGAACCCCCCCACAAGGGAAGCAUCCCUCUUCGGGAUCUGAACGCUCCCCCUGGUUGUCACCCAGGGGAAUGUUGAUUAAUGGAACACUAUUGUGACGAACUGGACCUUGUCACGGGUCCUUGGAGGGGCAUGCUUACCAACCUCCUACCCGGUAACUAUGGCCCCCGUGUUAAACCCUAUUGGAAAACACCAUUUGUGCCUGUUGGGACUGGUAAGAGGAACUAUCCGAACUUUCGAAGUGGCACUUCAAACUCCAGAAGCCAUUCAAAGUGCCAUCUGAACCCCUGAACUGAUCUGGGUGAUUUUUGGAUAUGUUGGUCCCCCAGAUCAGGGCUAUCAGGGGAUGUAACUUUUAUUGGGAUUUUAUGUGUUUUUAAGGUAUUUUGGGGGUAGUUCCAAACUACCGAACGGUCCCUCGUUCGGUAGACAGAAACAACCGAACGAGGGGAUUCAGGCGAACCCUCCCUAGUCUCUGUAACUGAAGGCUUUCAUGUAAUUUAUUCCCUUGUUCCAGGACCGACCGCAGGGCCCCAUCGCAUGGAACCCAAUUCGGCUACUCUUUCCAGCGCGGUCAGUCAUUUUAUUCCCUCCAUAAAUUUCCCAAACCCCUGGUCUGAUCUGGGUGAUUUUUGGAUAUGUUGUUUACCCAGAUCAGGGCUACCAGGGGAUGUAUAAUUUAAAGCGGUACCCCUAGGUUUAGGGGUACAUCCAGAAACGGGGGGAAUUGGUGUCCUGGUUAAGGGGAUUAUGAUGCAGGCUGAGUGGAGGAGAUGUGUGGGAGGUUACCAGAACAGGAUUGGCUACUGUACUAAUGAAUGGAAAUCCCUCCCUUGCAUGGGAGCAUGCGUUAAAAGGCCACUGUCUGAAUAAAGCUUUAGUUCUGCUCCUGAAACCGUGUGUCGUCCAGUUAUUGGGAUUGCUGUUGGGAUACUGCUGUUAUUUUGCCUGCUGGAUACUUUACCCUAUGGAUUUAUAAUUGCUUGGUCCUGAACCUCCCUGGGAUCCAAAGUGGAGAUAGGCUGUGUAAUACCAGCUCUCUGCUACACACACGAAUACUGGAAACAGCUGAACAGGAAAAACCAUAUGCAAGGUUUACACUCCUGGCAGUCAGCAUACCAUCCAAUUCCCCCAAUAAUGAGACGACACUUUGUUUGAGGGUUAAGCAGAAUAUAUUUACUAGCACCAAACGAACCUUCUUUUAUGCAGGUUUCCCUUAGAUAGGACCACCCACAGGGUUUUACAAAACAACCAAUCAUACACCUAAAGUACAGAAACACUCCCAGCAAUUACAUACAAAAAUCCUCCCCUCUGCCUGUGAUCUAAUUAUGUUACACAAUGGUUUAACAUAAUUAACACAGGCAGUAAAAAUACAGUUUUACACAUAUCCUGUAACUUUAAAACCACACAUCCAAUCUUCAGAAUCAGCAUACUCCAAAUACAAACAUAUGUCAAAAUCAUCCAAAUUGGUCCAUUGGUUCAAAAGAUAGAUCGAAGUCCUUUGUGAUCAAAUGAAGCAUGGCAUUUCUGCAGGGAAAAUAAAAGGUUUAAACUGCCGGGCCAUAGUCUAAAGGGAGCAGGCGAGCAACCAGGCUUCUCCAGUGUACAGUGGCGAGGUUGGUUCCGCCACAUUAACCAAUUGUAUCUCUUUAUCUGUAAAUUUAACAUUAAACACAUACAGGAGGCUCUUGCAGGGUCUAGUAAGCUAUUAACAUGGCAGAGGAUAAAAAAACCUAAAUGUAACAGAACUUUACUUUCUGCCUGGACAUAUUUGACAAUAACCAAGACUAAUGAUACAAGAGCAUAUGCUUACCUGGUUAUGGGUAUUAUUAUAGCACAGUUCGGGACUAUUCGUCUAUUUGUGCAAUCCAUGCGGUAGAGACUCAGCAGGCACAAAUACGAAUACAAACUGCCGAACACCGGACCACCCUGCUAUCCAAUUAUGUGGUAUUUUACCUCCCAGACCGGCAUAUACCAUUCGUAUGAGAAAUGCACGAAUCCUUUGUCUCAGAUCCUAGGUGGCCGCCCUUUCGGGACUUUGCACGUGUUCGCGGCCAUCUUAACGCACGAACAGCGGUUGUUAAGACACCACGGGUGUCUUUAAAUGAAACCGCCGUUUAAAUCGCCUUCCCCUUUCGCAAAAUCAGUAAUCCAUUCGCAUAAACUGUAAUCCACGAACCAUAACCAGGGGAAGCGGUAGUCUCCCGACCGGGAUCUGUGAAAGGCUCCAAACUCUGUGAAAGGAAAUCCACGAACUGCUGCUAGCCACCGAACAACGAUAUCCACCAAGCGGCUUUCGGUUCCAAUCAGCAGUCUCUAAGCGCAAAGAAGAAAUCCCCCCCCCAAUAACGAGACAGAAGCUCCGCAUUGAGGUUUAAACAGGAUUUGGCUUUACUGUGGGCUACCUGCCCAUAUUUAUGCAGGUCUCCCACUUGGUGGACACUCCCCUAGGGGACCAAAUGGGAGACUGAAAUGACAGACAGGGGGACAUUUCAGACAUACACUUACAGGUUUUUCCCACAAUGCAAUAUGGUCUCCUCCCCUCUGCCCUGGAGAUAAUUGAGAAGUAAUUCAAUUAUCUCCAGGACAAAGACAAAUUGCCAUCUUAGAUACAAAACCAGAAAAUACAUAAUCUGAAAAUAACCGAACAUUUCUUAUUCACAUCACAUAUCCCCAGAUAGCCUGGAUCUGAAUGCAUAUUAUUGGCGAAUAGCGCUCAGAUCCCACACACAUAGUUCAAUCGCCAUGGAGUCAAAGUCCUUACAGUCUUUCGGUAUGUGAUUGACUCCAUGGGAGGGCUAUCUGGGUUUUUUUAAGUCUUUUUAUGUGCUGUAAAACUCCCGAACGGCCGGUGUUCGUAUGUUUUCGUGGAGGCAGCCAGGUGUCCCGUUGUUUCAGCGGUGUUUGGCAUAAAAAGUGUCCGUUUUUAGUUCCAUGAAAAUAGAGCCGAACACCGCUGGGCUUUCGUGUGUUUUAAAAUGGCCGCUGCCUCGUGGUCGACAUACGAACGACGGUGUAACGGAUCACCUGGACAUGGACAAGUUGAUAUAUUAUCCAGGUGUAGUAACCAGUUAUUGUGGGUGGGCUGUAUUGCUGUUUGUGCUUCGUGGGUGGGUUGCUGGACUAACCAGGGCACUGACCGGCAGGAGGUCUGAUACCCUGUUAGUCUGGAUGGUAAAGGGGAGAAAUGUGGUGAAACCGGCCUCGCCACAUGUCCUUGGAGGGGGCUGCUUGCCCGCCUCUUGCCUUUGGACUAUGGACCAGACUUUAUGUGAAUGUGUUAACCCAGAUAGCUAUGCCAUGGAGCCCAUUCGUGUAGUUAAAGACUUCGGCUCCAUGGCAGUUGAACUGUGUGAAUAGGAUCUGAGCGCUAUUCGGUAGUUUUGUGCGCUCAGAUCCCAGCUAUCUGGGGAUAUGUGAAAUGUCUGUGUCUUAUGUGUAAAAGGUGACUUUAUGUAUUUUAAAGUGUUUUGUGUCUUUUUGCAACCAUGUGCUUAAUGGAGUCUUGUGUCUGUCCUGGGAGAUAAUUGAAUUACUUCUCAAUUCAAUCUCCAGGAUAGAAGACUCUGAAACUGGUUUGGGCCGGAAAGCCAUGCUUCAUUUAGUCACAAAGGACUUUCCCUUAACUUUUGAACCCCUGGUCUGAUUCGUGCCAUUUUUUUAAUAUGUUGUUCCCCUGAAUGGAUUGAUUAUGAAAAUGUAUGUUUUAUGUUUGUGACAUGUAUAUUUUAGAAGUUAUAAAUAUUGUGUAAAAACUGUAUUCCUCUGCCGGUGAUAAUGAGAUUACCCAUUGUGUUCGGUAAUCAUAUCACCUGGAGAGGGGAGGAUUUUGUGUGGGAGUGUCUGGGUGUAUUGUACGGAUUGAUUGGUUGUUUUGUAACGCCCUGUGGGCUGUACUAUGUUUGUGGAAUGGGAAUAAAAGAGACUGUAUGUGACAGUACAGGAAGUUCCUGUUUUAACCCUCAAAGUGAAGUGUUGUCUCAUUAUUGGGGGAAGGAUUUAUUGUAUGCUGUUCCAGUUUGAUUCCUAGGAGAGUAAACCUAUUCGUAUGGUUCCUAUUCAACUGUCUACAGCAUUCAUAUGCUUGAGAGGAUUCAUAUGCUUCUCCGGUUCGGUGGUUGUGGUGUCUGCUGCAGUGCUUGGAGUCCUCAGGAAGCGCUAGGAGCAUCCUUUAACGGAGGUACCCAGUCGGGGUGCCAGGCGAUCCGUUACAGACGGCCACCCUGAAUUCGUUUUAAUUGAGAAGUGUCUGUGGUUAACCACAACGUUCUAAUUUGGAUCAAUAGGUUGACCAGCAGCACACUUCUCUCCUGGGUGGCCAUCCGUUCGGUAGCUUUGUUCGGUGAAAAACAGUCAUUCGUAUGGCUGGGCUAUAGGAAACAGCUAUUUACACGAAAGUGCAGGAAACAGACGAAUCCACCACAAUAGUCAGACGGAUGGUUCUGUCACAGCGGUGAUUUGCCGUCGAGUGUCUGGAACUAAAAUCGGACACUCGAGUAGGCGAACACCGCUGAAACCUCCAUAACACCGUAAAUUUGUGCUGAAACUACCGAACGCUCUGCCGUUCGGUAGAUAGGAUAUAUUACGUGUGGGGAUUCCAACGACCAGCAAGACCUAAACGGAUGGCAGGAUUUUUGUGCCUUUUCAUCGCACAAACGAGGACCGACCGCAAGGCCAAAACUUAUGGAACUAUUUUCGGCUAGUGUGCCUAUGCGGUUGGUCAAAACUUUAAACUCCCAUAACUCCCGAACGCGUUUACCAAAUGGGAUGAUUUUUUAAUAUGUUGUUCCCCUAGAUGAUGGCUAUCUGGGAUACUGAAUUUAAGGGUGUACUCCAAGUAUUUGGGGUACAUCCAAAACUUGGGUAAAAAUGUGUGUGUGUGUGUUAAUUAUGUUAACUGUUUAUCUGAGGGGAGGAGACUUGUGGGAUGUACCAUGUUUGUGAUUGGGUACUGUACUAAUUAUGUAGGUGUCGCCCUCCCAAGGGCAGAAUUGCAUAAAAGGAGAAUCCCUGUCAAUAAAAGCCAGUUCUGCUUGACCCUUCAAAACGUAACCUCGUCUCGUUCUUGGAAGGGGAUUUACUCCACAAUUACCUUGCUCCAUUUUACAGCUAUGCCUGACUCUACUCUUGGAUCUUGUGGAUGGGAAUAAGAAACUCCAUUACUACACAGCAGCUUGCCAGGAAAAGGACAUCUCCAACGGCUGAUACCCCCUUACAACCUGGGUAGCCGUUACACUAAAUUAAACAGAACUUGCAAUAAAGGAAGGAUAAACUUUUUAGAUGACUCUUUACAGGAAGUGUUUCGGAAGGCUGUGUAAGUUACAUGCAGGGAGGUGUGACUAGGGUUCAUAAACAAAUUUAAAUCCUAAGUUGCAGAGAAUUGAGCAGUGAGGCUGCAGGGACAUGAUCUAUACACAAAAACUGCUUAAUUAAGCUAAAGUUGUUUUGGUGACUAUAGUGUCCCUUUAGUUCAGCAGACAAAAAGGGGUCUCUGGGACAAUAGUCUUUGGGCAGGAGUCUUGGCCUUUACGCCUACAGUCAUACAGCCUUAAACAUUUCCUGUAGAUAUGUCUACACUUUAUUGCACAGUCUGUUUAAUGUAGAAUUUCUAAUCUCCUGCACUGUUGAUAGCUUGCUAGAGCCUGCAGCAGUCUGUGUGUGAUAAAAGUUCAAAUAGCCAAGUAGGAGAUAAGCACUUCUAAAGUAAACAAACUGUGCUGUAAGAUCUGAUUUGGAAAUGAAAACAAAUGUCAGAGAAUUGAACAGUGAGACCCCAAACCCACAUCAUUAAAAGUUGUAAAACUAAAGUUAUUUAGGUGCCUAAAGAGUCCCUUAAGUUAUUUUACUAUGUCAGUGUUGAAUUAUUGUACAAAGUGUAAAACACAGAGGUUUUUCUUAUGUUCAGGGGAUAAUUGCAUUCGCGCCUGUGUGUCUGGGAAUUGAGUUAUUAUAUAAAAGGUAACACAGAAAGGAAUGUCAUUUGUUUAUUGUGCAAUGAGUCUUGGUGUCAGUCAGGUAAUUAACCUAAUUCUGUCCUAAAUAUCAGGACGCUGGGGAGUGACUUGUAUUGUUUUUUUUGAUAACCCCCUGUAUACAUGUGUGCUGUUCUACUUCACCCUUCACUAAGUCUUGGCUAGUGUUUGGGUGAGCGGCUAUAUAGCUAUUAGAGCUAUAUCACUGUACACUGCGACUCUGGCUGAUGCACUGCAGGAAGGUACUCUGCUGCAGUAUGGUGGUUCCACCACAGGCUGUGUAAACAAACUGAUUUAACUCCUAAAUGGCAGAGAAUUGAGCAGUGAGACUGCAGGGACAUGAUCUAUACAUUAAAACUCUAUAAUAGAGCAGCUCGCCACCCACACGGGUUUACACAGCUAUUCAAGUUCAGGAAUUAAAAUCAUGUUUCUGAGAUGCAAAGUUCCAGUUGGACGGGUUUCCUGACCAAAGUCUUUUUCCAAUUACAGACUUCAGAUUAUCAGGAUAUUUUGUACCCUGCGUGGACAUUUUGGGAAGGAGGUCCUGCUGUAUGGCCAAUUUACCCCACUGGGCUGGGGCGCUGGGACCUUAUGAGAGAACAACUGAGUUUGUAAGUAGUACUCCAGAUGGCCACUACAACCAUUUAUUGGGGCGCACACUGCUCUAUAUGGGGUUGGGGAACGGUGGUAAUGUAAUAUUGUAUUUUUACAACAUAUACAAAAAAUAAAUUAACCCCUUAAGGACAGAGCUUCAAAAGCUUGUCUUUCACUUAAUGACAACAGCAUUUUUUUUCAUUUUUUGAUGUUUGCGUUCAACUGCAAUUUGCAUUUUACUAAUUUGUUGCACCAACACACAUUAUGCAUUGUUUUUUAAAGGACAGAAAGGGCGUUAAUUUGAUGUAACACACAUAUAUAUAAAUGCUUAUUUAUUAUAAAAAAAUACAGAAAAAUGUAAAAUAAAUGAAAAAUUUUUGGGUUUUUUUUUUUUUACAGUUUUUGCAAUAAUAAUGUGUGCAUAAUUAGUGCAGGUUAAGAAAAGUAAUUAAAAAUAAAUUAAUUUAGUUGUUCUGAUUUACAGAAUAUAUAAUGUGUCUGAGAUUUUAAGUUUUUUUGGUAGUUACAGGUCACAAAGCACAAGGAGUAAAAUAGACUUUUAAUGUGGAGUGAUUUUAGAAUUUUGUAUGUUUGUCUUGUAAGCUUAAUAACCAUAAAAGAAAACAAAAUUGCCACACAAAAGUAUAUAUUUAUAUAAAGUAGACAUCACGGGCUAUUUACCUAAGGUUGUUUUGACACUUUCUGCGUAGCCAUUUCACUGCCAACCUCUGCUAAAUAUUGGAGUAAAAUUGUGUUCUUUUUGGUUUUUGGCACACAAACUUAUAACAAAGAAAUUCUCGUGUAUUUUUGUAAAGUUGGUGAGUGCUAUUCCUGUACAAAGUUUUAUUUUGUGUUCAGUUACAUCUGCUGAGUAAAAUGACACCCCAUUAUUUCAUAUGGGCCACUAAGUUCAAACCCCCCAAAUUAUGCUCAGCUAAGUCUUCUGCGUAAAAUGACACCCCCAUUGUAUGUCUUCGGCACUAUUUCGUGAAGUUACAGUGCCAUACAGGAUAACUGUCCUUUUCAGUAUUCACAGUAGAAUUUUGAGAGAUGGAUUUAAUGAGCCUUCGCUUCCAUUUGGGGUAUUAUAACAGUUUGACUGUUUAAAAAACCCAACAAAGGCCUACCAUUUGUAAAAGUAGACACUCCAGGGUAAAUCAUAAGGUGCAUAUUGUGCCUUAACAUGCCCCCAUUUUUUUCACCAAUGUAUGCCAAAGUUUGUGGUAAAAAAUUUUGUGCAUUUUUUACAUACGGGUAUUGGGUGACACUGUAUCUGUCUCUGUAUUGGGUGACACAUUAUCUGUCUCUGCUUUGGGUGACACCGUAUCAGGCUCUGUAUUGGGUGACACCGUAUCUGGCUCUGUAUUGGGUGACACUGUAUCUGUCUCUGUAUUGGGUGACACUGUAUCUGUCUCUGUAUUGGGUGACACUGUAUCUGUCUCUGUAUUGGGUGACACUGUAUCUGUCUCUGUAUUGGGUGACACUGUAUCUGUCUCUGUAUUGAGUGACACUAUGUCUCUGUCUGUUUAGGGCAGCGAACCUUUGGCCCUGGGAUAAGAAAAUUCCGAAAGGUUAUUUCAGAGGAUCCAGGUCAGAUAAUGGGGAGAUUUGGUGCUUUGUUGUUAAAUUAGACAGUGAGUUUCUGAAAUGAUUAAUAUAUUCAUAUAAUCCUUUGACAGCCUUUAAAGCGAUAUUGGCUUUUCUUGCUCAACCACCACCCCUUCCACACUGCCAGCCUGCUCCUCGCUAUCCAAGAACCACUCCCACACUGCCAGCCACCUCCUCGCUAUCCUAGAACCACUCCCACUCUGCCAGCCUGCUCCUCGCUAUCCAAGAACCACUCCCACACUGCCAGCCUGCUCCUCGCUAUCCAAGAACCACUCCCACACUGCCAGCUGCUCCUCGCUAUCCAAGAAUCACUCCCACACUGCCAGCCUGCUCCUCGCUAUCCAAGAACCACUCCCACACUGCCAGCCUGCUCCUCGCUAUCCAAGAACCACUCCCACUCUGCCAGCCUGCUCCUCGCUAUCCAAGAACCACUCCCACACUGCCAGCCACCUCCUCGCUAUCCAAGAACCACUCCCACUCUGCCAGCCACCUCCUCGCUAUCCAAGAACCACUCCCACUCUGCCAGCCACCUCCUCGCUACCAAAGAACCACUCCCACUCUGCCAGCCUGCUCCUCGCUACCCAAGAACCACUCCCACUCUGCCAGCCACCUCCUCGCUAUCCAAGAACCACUCCCACUCUGCCAGCCACCUCCAUGCUGUCAAGCAACCGCUUCCACUGUAUCUGCCACAUUCUCUCUAUUCACUGAGGCCCAUUCUGCCUCUCUGCUCCCUGUUAUUUUUCCAACAUCUCCUGCUCCUCCUCUCCUUCACAUGGCUGCUAUGCCUCUCACCUCCAUCUUAUCCCCCCAAAUUAUCAGAAUUUUAUUAUAUUCUGUACUCCGAGAAGGUAUCUUGCAGACCACAUGGCCUUUGUUUCAUUACAGGACCAGUCCCGAGCGAGACCCGCUGAUACUACUGUCCAGAGAGAGCCCUGAGCUGGUGGAUGCAGAGUAUACAAAGAACCAGGCAUGGAGAUCGGAGAAGGUGAGGACAUGUAUUUGGCAAUAUUCAACAUCUCAGAAAUGGUGAGUGGGAAGCACUCUUAGAGCGGGCUUUUGGGUAAAGAUUGAGCUGUGCAUUGAACUUCCCCUUUCCCUGUGAGAUCACAAGGAAUGGAAACGCCAACAGGACAACCUCAAGUCAUCAUUAUAGUUUAGCUUUCACCUCUACCCCUCUCCUCUCCCACAUUAUUCAUGUGUGAAGCUCCCUCCCAUUUCCCAAUGCAUGACGUUAUUCCCAUGUACAUAGCUUCCCUACUCGCUUUGUGCUAACAUUUUGAUUGGGUUACCAACAGGAUACUCUCGGAAGGCCUCCAGCUAAAGAGGUCCCACUGGUGGAUCACUGUGAGUUUAAGUACGUCAAAAUAUAAUCGCUUGCCAAUUAUCAUCUGAUUUUUCAUUAUCCCCACUCUGCCCAUUAUCUCUUCCCUAAUUACACAGUAUGUCCUGAUACAACAUCUGCCUCUAAUUCCUCAGCCUUUAUCGUGAUCUUUAAUUAAUCAGCUGUCGUAUAUCACUGACUCAUUAUCAUUAACUUCUUGUUUUUCGCAUUGCAUCCCACUAUUUAAAUUCUCCCCACCCUCACUCCUUUCCACUCAAAUCUUCAUACUGCACAUCACAUCUAUCUGAUUCUAGGCACUUUUCCCCAAACCACCUCCUAGCUCUUAUUAUUUCCACAACUCACCCUACAUCUUUCGGACCCCUCUCCGUCCCCCAUAAUGUCCUCAUUCUCAACCCCUUGCUUGUGCUCUCUAUUUCAGGUAUUUGUUUAAUUUCCGUGGUGUGGCAGCCAGUUUCCGGUUGAAGCAUCUCUUCCUUUGUGGGUCUCUGGUCUUCCACGUGGGCAAAGAAUGGCAGGAAUUCUUCUACCAUCGCCUGGAGCCAUGGGUGCACUAUAUUCCGAUCAGCCAGGACCUGAGUGAUGUAAGGUAAUGCCAACAGGACAAUUUCAAGUCUUUCAACUCUUCCCAUUGUUAGUUUGAUUGGUCUCCAGCCGCCCCUGCAGAUCUCGCCAGCUGCCCGGCCUCUGGUCGCCCCUGCAGAUCUCGCCGGCUGCCUGGCUUCUGGACGCAACUGCAGAUCUCGCUGGCUGCCCGGCUUCUGGCCGUCCCUGCAGAUCUCGCCGGCUGCUCGGCUUCUGGCCGUCCCUGCAGAUCUCGCCGGCUGCUCGGCCACUGUAUCUCCAGAUCAUUCUUUUGUUCUCUCCAGUUUCAUGUCUACUCUGUACCCCCCAUGUUUAACUACUUUCUUUCCAUUGUUUCUUGAUUUCGUUACUAAUCAUCUCAUUUUACAAAUGCUUCUUCCCCUCUUUUUGUCAAAUGUACUUUGUCUUUUCCUGCUGCUUCUCCCUCUUUUUUUUUUUUCUUUUCUUUUCAAUACUCCAAUCACGUUUGCUCUUUUUCUUAAGGGACCUUCUGCACUUUGUCUCUGAGAAUGAUGAUGAAGCCAAGAAAAUUGCUGAAAGGUGUGUCAACUUCUCUACCCACACCUGGUCAUAUUUCCUCCUCCCCAUUAACUCCAUCUCUGCCACCAUCACAAGCUGUCCUGGCAUGCACACUCCCCGCCCAUCCUUUGUACAGACAUGUCACUCACCCUCUGUCCUGGUUUGCCACCCCCCACUCACCCUCUGUCCUAGUAUUCCCACCCCCUAACCCUCUCUCCUGGCAUCCCCCCACUCACCCUCUGCCCAGGUUUCCCACCCCCCCUUCGCCCCCUUGUCACCCUCUGUCCUGGUUUCCUGCCCCCCACUCACCCUGUGUCCUAGUAUUCCCACCCCCUAACCCUCUCUCCUGGCAUACCCCCCACUCACCCUCUGUCCUGGUUUCCCGCCCCCUACUCACCUUCUGUCCUGGUUUCCCGCCCCCUACUCACCCUCUGUCCUGGUUUCCCGCCCCCCACUCACCCUCUGUCCUGGUAUUCCCACCUUCACUCAGUCCUGGCAUGCCCCCACGCCCUGUCCUGGUUCUCCCUUUACCUACCAUGCCCGGUGGUAUCUGCAGGCACAGACACUGCUUCCCAUUGAUUUACAUUCUUUGAGCAACUGUCAUUUCCUGUUUCUAUUCUGUGAAUAUUAUUGGAUUCUAUUAAUCAACUCUUCCCUCUCAGGGGACGCGUCUUUAUCACUGAGCAUCUGCGCAUGGAGGAUGUUUCUGGUUAUUGGCGUUCCCUGCUCACAGAGUAUGCCAACCUGCUGCAAUACAGAGUGCGGCGCAGGAAGGAUUACAGGGAGCUGACCCCAAGACCCAGUCACAGUGAAUUAUGACCUCGGCAUUAAAUAUCCCCCGGACUACCUGCAGUAUAUUCUAGUAGAAUGGAUUCUGUCUGUAACACUAACCGGACCUCUUAUUUCCCGCGGGCGGUGCCCGUCCAAUGUGCAAGGAUUCUGUUACUCAUGAGCCGCGUUUGGGUGGACUUUUCCAGCACUAACUGUUGAUUUCCAAUGCAAUCAGACUUAUACUAGUGUCUCCAGUACUGUACCCCCCUCUACAUUGGACAAAAUGUAUUUUUUACACUAAAAUAAUUAAAAGUAAACUUUUUAUAUGAAGCUUUUGAUUAGACUGCUUU